AUGGCAAAAAUGAGUUUCUCUUCCUACAUAUUAAUACUAACUUUUUCUUUGCUUUCUCAAGGCAUUUCAUUUUCAGCAUCCAAGUCGAUAAGAAAUUUAGAAGAUGACAUGGUAUUUAAAACGUUGAGGCUGGGGAAAGCCUUUCAGAAGGAAGAUACCGCAGAAAAAUCAAUUGUUGUUCCUUCCCUGGAGCAAUAUAAAAAUGAUGAGAGCAGUUUCAUGAAUGAUGAAGAAAACAAAAAUUCAAAGAAUGCGGGUUCCAAACAUAAUUUCUUAAAUCAUGGCCUACCACUGAAUCUGGCUAUAAAACCUUAUCUUGCACUAAAAGGAUCUGUAGCUUUUCCAGCUGAGAAUGAAGUUCAAAAUACUGAAUCAACACAAGAAAAGAGAGAAAUUGGGGAUGAAGAAAACUCAGCUAAGUUUCCUAUAGGAAGGAGAGAUUUUGACAUGCUCAGGUGUAUGCUGGGAAGAGUCUAUCGACCUUGUUGGCAAGUCUGA